UACCGACGUAAUUUAAUCACAGUUAAUUAAGCAAACUUAUGUGAAGAACAACGUGUAAACUUGAUCACGCACUUGUAUAUUGUGUAAAAUGACGUUCCCGAUAAUUGCAAUUAUCGCAGCUUAAUUAUCAUCCAGCACGUUUUUGAUAUAAAAGUGCUGAAACACGUUACCUUGAUGGACAGACAACUUUCGGCAUCGAGUGUAAAAAGUAUUCUCACUGAUCAAAUAAGUAAAAAAACUUUCACUUCGAUUAAUGUGACUAUCGAAUAUGAAGAGUUUUAUUCUAGUUUUACUAUUCCAAUUUGUGACUCUAAUCGUAGUUAGUCAACCAGUGAGCAGAUUAAAUGACGUUGAUGCCACAGAUAUCACAAAUUAUGAAGCACACAGAUAUCCCAGGACUUUAAAAUCUAAGCAUCCAUCAUGCAGGAUCAACCAAUAUUUCGACGUAGACAAGGGCGAUUGUAUGGGAGUAAUCGGUGGUGGAAAAGCGCUUUAUAUAAAUAACAAAAAAUCUUGCGGAUCGAAUGUAUUAAAACCACACUGCACAAAUCCAAGAUACUACUACAUUUGCAGACAGAACAAAACCAUUUUGGCCCAGUGUCCCCAAAACAGACAUUUCGAAAGCCAUCUACAAAAAUGUAUCUUGGUACCUCGUGAGAAGCAUAUUUCUGCUACCAGCGGACAAAAUUCCGAUAUUUUUGAUUCUGUUCAACAUCUCGAUUGCCUAAAAACCGGCUCAUUUCCGGUUCCAGAUAACUGUGGUUUGUUUUAUACCUGCUCGAUGCAUGGUAAGAAAAUGAACAAAAAUUUCUACACGUGUCCAAAAAAUAUGGCUUAUGACACAGAAACUGAAAUGUGUAAACCAUCCAGUACUUGUCGUGAACCAGAAUCAUUAUCCUCAUGUAGAAAUCAUCCAUGGGAUGGAAAGAAAGAAAAUAUGGCAUUAAAGGAAGCUGUAUUUCCGAUAAAGAGAAGAUCGGAAACUUGUGAAACGAUGUUUACGAAUGAAGAAGACACUACGACUAAUUCAACGUCUAAGAAUGAUGAUGAAAUUAUGUUGACAACUACUUCUUACACCGAACCAAUCGUAUCUGAACUCACGCGAUCAGGUGAUAGUAAUGAUAUUGUAACGACGACGGAACGUGCUUUGGAAAAGUCACGUUUUACAAACACUGAAGAUUUCGCGAUACCUAUAACUGCCACGUAUUCAACAAUUGCAGUAGAGAACACGUAUCCGACUGAAUUUAAUUUACCCAUCGAAGUAAAUGGGAAUAAAGAAUUAGAAUCUACGACUGUAGCAGGACCAUUUGAAAAUGGUCAUACGAGAAUUAUAAUGGAUGAUCCUGAGGAGCAAUCACCUGAUGACCAAGAUAGAACUGCAUCAACAAUUUUAGAUGAUCCAUCAAUGUUAGAAAACAUAGAGCGAGAAAAAAUUCCUCGUUCUGAGAAUCCUAGUUUGGAGAAGCAAUAUAGUAAUACAGAGGAAUUUAACGAAGAGCCAACGUUUGGAAUCAGAAACAUCGACACUGAACCAAUAACUUUAGUCGAUCCUACAAGCCUCGGAAGUAACGAACCGAUUACAAACCUAGAUUCAAACAAACCACCUUUGGAAAUUCCUAUUGAUGAUCCUACAUUACAAAACCAACAUAGUACAACAAUAGCAUUUAACGAAGAAUCAAUCAAUGGAGCUGAAAACACCCUACCAAUAAUUACAGAGGAUGUUACAGCCCCUAGUCGACCAGAGGAACAACCGAUUGCAGAAAUGAUUCCAACUGAAUCGCCUGUACAAAUGCCUAUUGAAGAACCUAAUUUAGAAAACCAACAUAGUAUACAAGAAGAAUCCAGCGAAAAACCAAUUACUGAAAAUGAAAGCAUGAACAUUGCGCCAACAAUUUCAGAUGAUCCUGUAAUCCUUAAUAAUGUAGAAGCAAAAGAGGAACCGCCUACAUCAAAAAUUCCAAUUGAACCAUCCGUGCAAAUUCCCAUUUCUGAAGACCCUAAUUUGGCAGAUCAAUAUAAAGCACCAGAAAAUUUGAGCGAAGAAUCAACUACUGAAACUGAAAACAUUAACAGUGAAGAAAUAAUCGUAGGUGAUCCAACAACUCUUAUCAAUACAGAACCAGAAGAAGAACCGGUAACACAAGUAGCUUUAAGCGAAUUACCGGUUAUAAAUCCUACUACUGAAAAUCCUGAAUUACCGAUACCUGAAAUUGAAAAUAUUAACACUGAACCAACAACCCUUAUCAAUACAGAACCGCAAGAGGAACCGGCAACAAAAGUAAUUUCAGACGAAUCACCGGUUAUAAUUCCUACUACUGAAAAUCCUGAAUUACCGAUACCUGAAAUUGAAAAUAUUAACACUGAACCAACAACCCUUAUCAAUACAGAACCGCAAGAGGAACCGGCAACAAAAGUAAUUUCAGAUGAAUCACCAGUUGGAAUUUCUUCUAAUGAAAAUUCUGCAUUACCUAUUACUGACAUUGAAAAUGUUAAUACUGAACCAACAAUUCCACCUGAUCCAUCCACCCCUAUAAAUACAGAACCGGAAGGGGAACCAGCAAAAGAAGUAGUUUUAAACGAAUCACCAGUUGGGAUUCCAACCACUGAAAAUCCUGAAUUACCGAUUCCUGAAAUU